AUGGCCUAUGUUCUUCUCUUCAGGCUUCUCUUACUUUUGGUCCUAGCAGCCUUUUCCCAAAGCAAGCGCUUGGGCCCUACAUCUCCCCUUCGUUAUUCUAGGUUCUUAGAUCCUUCCCAUGCUGUCCUCCUUCGCUGGGACUUUGAUUAUGAGGCUGAAAUAAUCACAUUUGAGCUCCAAGUCCAAACAACUGGCUGGGUUGGCCUGGGCAUCACAAAUCGCUACACCUUUGUGGGAAGUGAUCUGGUAGUUGGAGGAGUCCUCCCCGAAGGCAAUGUCUACUUUUCGGAUCAGCACCUUCUGGAUGAAGACACUCUAGAACAGGAUGGGAGCCAGGAUGCUGAACUGCUAAAGCUGAUAGAAGAUUCUGGCUCUACCACCAUGCGUUUUUCCAGGCCCUUCAGAUCCUGUGACCUGCAUGAUCAUGACAUUACGAGUGACACCAUGAGGGUCCUGGCUGCCUAUGGCCUGGAUGAUAUACCAAAGAUGAAUCGAGAACGUAUUUUUGUCAAGUCCAUCUUCUUGCUACAAAUACUACACUAUGAUGAUCAAGAGGCCCCUGAAGACACCCUCAUCCACGACUUGAAGAUCAGUAAUUUUCUCAUUCCGGAGGAGGAUACCACAUAUGCCUGCACCUUUCUUCCACUCCCCAUUGUCAGCAAGAAGCAUCACAUCUUCAAGUUUGAACCCCUGCUGGUGGAACGCAAUGAGACGAUGGUGCAUCACAUUCUCGUGUAUGCGUGCAGCAACGCUAGCGUGCUGCCCACAGGCAUCGGGGAAUGCUAUGGAUCAGACCCUGCCUUCUCCCUCUGUUCCCACGUCAUCGCAGGCUGGGCUGUCGGGGGCCUUAGUUACCAGUUUCCAGAUGACGUAGGCAUCUCUAUUGGAACUCCCUUGGACCCUCAAUGGAUCCGACUGGAGGUUCACUACAGCAAUUUUCAGAAUCUUCCUGGCCUACGUGAUACCUCAGGGAUACGGCUGUACUACACCUCGCACCUUCGCAGAUAUGACAUGGGAGUCCUCGAGCUGGGCAUCUCAGUUUUCCCCAUUCACUUUAUACCCCCUGGUGCUGAGUCUUUCUUGUCCUAUGGGCUAUGCAAGACAGAGAAAUUUGAAGAGAUGAAUGGGGCUCACGUAGCUGACCUACACGUAGCAAGUUACCUGAUCCACACCCACUUAGCUGGGCGCUCACUGCAAGUUGCUCAAUACAGAAAUGGAACCCAACUCCAAAUAAUAUGUAAAGAUUAUUCCUAUGACUUCAAUCUGCAAGAGACUAGAGACUUACCUCAUCCUGCAGUGAUCAAGCUGGGGGAUGAGCUGCUGAUAGAAUGUAACUACCAGACGCUGGACCGUGAUUUUAUGACUUUUGGAGGUACCAGCACUAUUAAUGAGAUGUGCCUCGUCUUCUUGUUCUACUAUCCCAGAAUCAACAUCUCCAGUUGCUUAGGAUACCCUGAUAUCAUCUAUGUGACCAAUGAACUGGGGGAAGAAGCAUCAGAGAAUCCCAUGGAGAACCUGAUGGUCCUGAAUAAUGUUGAGUGGACUCCAGAGAACAUUAAGAAGGCUGAGAAAGCCUGCAAGGAGUCCCAGCAGACAGUGGUGAUCAAAAGCAUUGAUGAGGAAGUAGAAAAUACAACAGGUUGGAUUCCUGAUAUUACCCCUAUUCCUCGGGAGCCAUGCUUAGAGUCUUCUGGAGGGAAAGUGGAACCUCAGGACAAGACCCAUGCAGGCUUCAGGGCUGCAGCAGUGGCCCUCCCUGGCUCCAAUGUUGCUACUCUGAGGCCCUUGCCCCUGGUUGCUUUCUUGUUCCUGCAGGCUAUCCUCUCAUGGCUCCUUGCCAUGCUGCAGAUUGAAAUAUGA